CUUCGCUGUCCUCUGCUCUUGCCCUCAUCUUCCUCGCACCCUCUCCCUUUCGUUCGUCCUCGGGUUGAUCCCGCUUACUCUCGUUCUUCUCCUUCAUUUCUUCCUCUUGUCUCCUAAACUUGUCCUUGGCUUGAAGCUUUGGGUUGAUCCCAUACAUUCCGGUCACUGCGUAAACUCCCUCUUCCGUGCACAGUGCUCUCUGCUUCCAACCCUUUGUUCAUCGUCAAGAGCAAGCUAUUCAACAUGAAGUCCUUCACGGUUUCUGCGUUCGCGAUGAUCCUCAUGCUCGCGGGGCAAGCACUUGCACAGUUUGUCGUCACCGUCGGCACCCAGAACUUUACGGCGACGGAGCUCCUCGACCUGCCCAGUAGCAUGCCGGUGGACGCGUGCAAGACCCAGUGCGAUCCUGCCCGUCAGAACAUCCAGGCUUGCGGCGAUGAUACUUCCUGCUUGUGCCGAGAGGAUACGGUUGCGUCGCUUUUGACUUGCGAGCAAUGCAUGCUCAUUGCCCUCAUCGUGGCCAACAUCAAGAUGCCGGACCCGCGCGUGGGGAACCAGGUCGUUUUGGCCGGAUACGCCGCCGCAUGCAACGCAUCGAACCCCUCCGUGACCUUGAACGCGACGCAGACCGCGCUUGCCAUCCCGACCGCAGACCUCGAUGGUAAGCCCUUCGACUGGGCGGGUCCUUCUGGCAUCUUCCUGCCGCUGCCAGCGCUUGUUUUCGCUGUGGGGACGGCGACGCUGCUGGGCUGCGGCUCGCUGUAUUUGCUGAGCAAUCUCUGAGUGUUCAAGAGAUGGAGUGGUUGGGGACGAGAAGAUAGGUGUAGGAGGUUUGGAUUGAGCUUGUCUGUAGUAUGGGCAUGGUCCUUCGUUAGGGAAUGUUCAAUGGAAUGCGGGUUUGAAGGGCAA